CCCACCCUCGGAGGCCGAGAGCGAGGCAGUGAGCAAAAGCUUGUAGACGAAGCGUUUAGAACAGAACUGACAGGGCAGCAAGACAGAGCGGGCCAAAGGAGCUCCGCUUUUCACGCCAGCCUCUGCUAAAUCAAAUCCGAAAACAAACCUAAGGAAACUACGACCACCAAAACUGUAUUACGACCCCACUGUUAAGUGUAUUCGAACUUAUUAGGUUUCGCUGCCUUCCAUGGAGCUCUUUUCUUUGAAGUGUUGAAGUCAACCAACCCGAUCCAUUUUGAGCGAGGAUGAGCGUGAACAGUACGGGGACAGGGUCGGCUCCGUGCCGCUUCGCCCAUUAUUUCGUGAUAUGUGGAAUAGACACCGAGACUGGGUUGGAACCAGACGAAUUGGCCGCUUUGUACCAAUGGCUCGAGGCCGACCGCCAGGGCAAGGAUCCAGAGGCGGCAGCGACAGGGGAGAACCUCGAUCAGAGUCCGCUCAAAAGAACAUUCAAGUCCAAAGUGUUGGCCCACUAUCCUGAAAACGUGGAGUGGAACCCAUUCGACCAGGAUGCUGUUAACAUGCUGUGCAUGCCCAAGGGUCUGUCCUUCCGGACGCAGCGAGAUCAGCGGGACCCCGAGUUCCACUCCUUCCUGAUCACGCGGGAGGACGGCUCCCGCACCUACGGCUUCGUGCACACCUUCUUCGAGGAGGUGACCAGCCCGCAGAUCUGCGCCGCCAUGCAGACCUUGCACCAGAUGCACCACGCCGAGCACGCCACCACCCCGUGCCCCUCCUCCUCAUCCUCCUCCUCCUCCUCCUCGUCUUCAUCCAGCAUGGACUCGUUGGCCAGCAGCGUGGACGAGGCCGACAGCUCCUCGUCCUCGGCGCCAUCCCCGUCGCAGCAGCAGCAGCAGCAGCAGCCGCCGGGCGGGGUUCGCCCGUGUGGCACGACGUGCUGCUCGGGGGGCACCGCCUACGACGCCUCGCGCGACACCCUCUACGUCUCCAAGGCGAUGUGCCUGAUCACGCCCAUGCCCUUCAUGCACGCGUGCCGGCGCUUCCUGGCGCAGAUGCACCGCGCCGUCAGCGCCCGGCAGCCGCCGCCGCUGCCCCUGGAGAGCUACGUGCACAACGUGCUGUACGAGGUGCCGCUGCCGUCGCCCGGCCGCUCGCUCAAGUUCCACGGCGUCUACGAGCCCAUCGUGUGCCAGCGGCCCGGCCUCGCCGAGCUGCCAUUGGCCGACUUCCCCCUGGGCGACGCCUUCCAGCUGCUGGGCGUGGAGAACGUGGUGCAGCUGUUCACCUGCGUGCUCCUGGAGAUGCAGAUCCUGCUCUACUCACAGGAUUACCAGCGUCUGAUGGUGGUGGCGGAGAGCAUCACCACGCUGCUCUUCCCCUUCCAGUGGCAGCACGUGUACGUGCCCAUCCUGCCCGCUUCGCUGCUGCACUUCCUGGAUGCCCCCGUGCCCUACCUCAUGGGCCUCCAGUCCAAAGACGGCGCCGACCGCUCCAAGCUGGAGCUUCCUCAGGAGGCAAACCUGUGCUUUGUGGACAUCGACAACCACACCAUUGAGCUCCCUGAGGACUUCCCCCAGUUCCCCAACAAGCCCGAGUUGAUCCAGGAGCUCACGGACGUGAUGCUGCGCUUCGGCCUUUCACCUGAGGGCAGCAACUCCCCCAUCGCCCCCAUCACCCCCAGCACAACCACCACCACCACCUCCUCCACCACCUCCACCACCACCACCCGGACCUCCAGCAGCCCCAGCGUGGGGCGGAAGACCGCCGUGCUGAAGGAGCUGGUGGACGACAGCAGGAACGGGAACCUGGGCCGCGAGGACAUGGCCGUGCUGGAGCUCCUCCAGGGCAACCCCACCCUGGAGCGCCUGCAGGCUCUGGCCAAGCGCACGGGGGUGACGGUGGGCCGCCUGGAGGCCCUGAGGGGGAGGGUGAGGGACGUGGAGGCGGACGGGGAGACGGGGGGCGGCGGCGGCGGCGGCGGCUCCGGGCGGAGGUCGGCGGAGGACGAGCAGGAGCUGCGGUGCGCCAAGGUGAACGUGCAGCUGAGGGAGGUGUUCGCCAGCCGCUUCGCCACCAUGUUCGCCGAUUACGAGGCCUUCGUCAUCCAGAGCGCACCGGACCUGGAGUCCUGGCUGACCAACCGCGAGCAGAUGCACAACUUUGACAAGGCUUCCUUCCUGUCGGACCAACCAGAGCCCUACCUGCCAUUUCUGUCUCAUUUCAUCGAGACGCAGAUGUUCGCCACCUUCAUCGACAACAAGAUCAUGUCCCAGUGGGAGGACAAGGAGCUGAACCUGCGCGUCUUUGACGGACGCAUCGAGAAGGCCCGCCUCUUCAACGUGCGUGCCCCCAGCCUCCGCUCCUCCUGCUACCAGAGGUGCACCAUACUGGAGGAGUCAGCCCAGGCCAUCGAGCAGCGGUUGAUGAAGAUCGAUCACACGGCCAUCCACCCCCACCUGCUGGACAUGAAGAUCGGCCAGGGCAAGUACCAGCAGGGCUUCUUCCCCAAGCUGCAGGCCGACGUGCUGGCCUCUGGACCCACAAAUAACAACAGGUGGUCGAGUCGCACGGCCACAUCUCAGCGCAGGCAGGACAGACACCGACAUCACAACGAACACCUGCAGCUGGACAACGACCUCAAAGAGCAGGUGGAGGGGUGUCUGGUGCUGCAGAACUCUAUGGCAUUCUGGGAGUGGGACAAAGCGCCACCCCCGCCUCUUAAACCGCCCAAAAAGUCCGUCUCCGCCUGCUGCCUGAAGUACAUGCAGGAGGCUCGUGUUCUGGGGAAGAACCUGAGGCAGCCCAAGCUGUCUGAUCUCUCCCCAGCUGUCAUCGCUCAGACCAAUUGGAAAUUUGUGGAAGGGCUUUUAAAGGAGUGUCGCUUGAAGACCAAGCGCAUGCUGGUGGAGAAGAUGGGCCGGGAGGCGGUGGAGCUGGGCCACGGUGAGGCCAACAUCACGGGCCUGGAGGAGAACACGCUCAUCGCCAGCCUCUGUGACCUGCUGGAGAGGAUCUGGAGCCACGGCCUCCAGGUCAAACAGGGGAAGUCAGCCUUGUGGUCACAUCUCCUUCACUAUCAGUCCAGAGAGGAAAAACAGAGCUUACUGGCAGAUUCACCAGGGUCAAACAGUCCAGAGAGGCGGAAAUCUGAUUCAGGUCUGGGGCUAACGACACUGCGCGUCUCUGUCAUACAGGAUAUGAGGCACAUCCAGGGCAUGAGUGAGAUUAAGACUGACGUGGGCCGUGCCCGAGCUUGGAUCCGUCUCUCCCUGGAGAAGAAGCUUCUCUCUCAGCACCUCAAGCAGCUGCUGUCCAACCAGGCCUUAACCAAGAAGCUGUACAAGCGCUAUGCAUUCCUGCGCUGUGAGGAGGAGAAGGAGCAGUUCCUCUUUCACUUGCUGAGUCUGAACACCGUGGACUAUUUCUGCUUCACCAGCGUUUUCACCACCAUCAUGAUCCCGUACCGUGCUGUAAUUAUUCCCAUUAAGAAGCUCAGUAACGCCAUGACGACGUCCAACCCGUGGGUCUGCGUGGCAGGCGAGAUGGGAGACUCUGGUGUCAUGCAGAUCCCCAAGAACGUUCUGGAAAUGACCUUCGAUUCUGCGUUCAGGCCUCACACUCACAUCACCGCUCUGUUCAAGUGUCAGAACCUUGGCAAGCUCACCACAGUUCAGUUGGGUCAUGACAACUCGGGGCUGCUGGCCAAGUGGCUGGUCGACUGCGUGAUGGUCCGGAAUGAGAUCACUGGACACACAUACAAAUUCCCCUGUGGCCGCUGGCUGGGGAAGGGUGUGGAUGACGGGAGUCUUGAGAGGGUUCUGAUUGGUGAGAUCCAGGUCCCCUGUGGCGAUGAGGACGCGGGGCGAGGGAGCAGGACUCCACCCAUGCUGCGUUCACCCUCUCAGCCCAGGAGGAUCAGCAUCACCUCCCUCAGCGGCCGGGCCACCAAGCCCACGUCAGCACAAAUACAGGAGGGCAUCGGGGAGGCAGUCAACAAUAUUAUAAAACACUUCCACAAACCAGAGAAGGAGAGAGGUAGUCUGACUCUGCUGCUGUGCGGUGAGAAUGGGCUGGUGGGGGCACUGGAGCAGUUCUUCCACCACGGCUUCAAGACGGCACGGCUGUUCCAGAAGAGCAUCUUCGUCUGGGACUUUGUCGAGAAGGCAGUGGAGUUUAUGGAGAGUGCUGAUCAGAUGGGGGACCUGCAGCAGACAGCAGAGCCUCUAGGCCUUACUUGUGAAACCUUCUGUCGCUAUGCCAACGCCAUCAACAACUCGCCACGCAACAUCGGCAAGGAUGGCAAGUUCCAGCUGCUCGUCUGCUUAGGAGCCAGGGACCGUCUGCUGCCUGAGUGGCUCCCCCUGCUGGUGGAGUGUCCGGUCAUCACGCGCAUGUACGAGGAGACGGCCAUGCUCCGCGACCGCACCGCCGUCAACUCGCUCAUCGGCGUGCUGCAGACCCUCCACCACUUCGCCGUCACGCUGGAGACCUCCCUGGUCAAGGGCAUCGACUUGUAGCAGCCGGCGACCAUGGACACCCCCCCCCCCCCCAACCCCCACCAAACCCCCACCUACCCUUCUUACCCCCCCCACCUUUCCUCUCCCUACUCUCCGAUGCCUCUACAGAUGCCAAUUCAAGGCAUUGGCAAGCCGCACAACCCACUCUGGGAAUAAACGUGACCACUAAAAGAGCGAGAAGACUGAGGAAGAAGGAGGCUCUUUGAAGGACAGAUAAAUAGAGACAAGUCCCCAAUCCCACACCCACACCCCCUCCCGUGACACUGUUUUUUAGCCGCAGUGCGUAGGCCUUUGGAUCAAAGUUGAGUGCAGUAUUACCCAUACCUUGUGCUUUAAAACAGACAACUGAAAAAAAAAAAAUAAAUAAAUAAAUCUUCUCUACGUUUUUUGUGUGCCGCUCUAUAUGAACUGUAUGAAGCUCUGUGUGAAGCUCUGUAUGAAGAUUAUUUUUUUCUUCUUAUGGUGAACGCGCACAGCUCUCUUAUCGUCAAGGGGGCUGUGGCAAAAGAAGUGGGCUAAGGUUUACAUCUCCAAGACUUUGCACCAUUAGUAGAAUAGGGUGGUGGCAUGUUUUCAGUUCAGUGAGUGAACCCUUUUUCUCCAGUCACGGAGAAAACUGAAAAGAUAUGGAGCGGUGUUGGUUUUGUGUGUGUGUGUGAACAAACGGAAACUGUCUGAGAGACCCUGAACAUCUCCUAAUGCUCUAUGUAGUCCCCACACUUGGACAGCAAAAGCUUUAUUUGUGAGGUUUGGGGAAGGAGGAGGAGGGAGAGUAGUGGGAAAGAGAAGGAUGUUGCAGAGCCUGUCUUAUUUGCACUCUUAACUCCCUGAACUGAAUCAUGACUGCCAUAUGAGAUGGCUCAUAUAACCGACUAACCCGUGGUACUGAACUAGCCCUUCACACUGCUCAACGAUUGGCUGUGGGAUCUCCUGUGGACCCUCCCCCUACACCGUAUUGGAUAAGAAAGGGGGCUUGGCACUGACAUCAGUGAAAUGGACAUUCCAUCUUGAUGUUAACAAAAGAAAACAGCAGCAGUGACUUCUUUGGUGUGUCUGUGUCUCUUGUGUGUCUGUGCGCGUGCACAGUUUUGUGUGCCCACUCAGUUUCAUUUUCUCUUUAUUUUUGUAUUGUAUAUUGAGCAGUUUACAGUAUUAGUCUCAAAAUUAAGUGUUUGAAGACAUGUUGUGGUUUUCAUGGUCAGCAGCUCAGAUCUGUGUGUGUGUGUGUGUGUGUGUGUUUGUGUGUGUGAGCGUGACAGUGAGAAUGAGAGAGUGGGUAGGUGAAAGAGGGAGACAGUGUGUGCUUUUCCACUGCAGGAACUCUGGGCAUUUCUUAGGUGGCGCGAACAGGACCAGAUGUUGCCUAAUAUUUUGGUCUUCAGUCACAACAUCAAUUCCGAGCACGACAAAAUAAUUGCGUAUUUCUCCAGCGCUAGCACCAAUAUCAGACCGUUAAAUCAGAAAUGUUCUAGACAACAUUAGAAUUACCUCAAGGUCCAGUCGACAGUUGAAAUUUGCUAUAAAGUUGAUUUGAUUAAAUGGCUUCAUUUAUUAAGUAAUUACAACUGCCCUGAAUGACCAGCACCACUAUGAUUUAAUUAAAGCUUAUAUUUCAGCUGACGAUUUGCUUGUGUUCACUCAGUGACUGUAACCUUAACAAGCUAACUAUCUAACCUGUCAUUUAUUCUGCUGUAUUCAACGCAUAACCUCUGGCAAAUCUUGCUGGUUUUAAAAAUGGCAUUUUUUUGUUGUCUUCCACUCACAUCGCACGUAAACAAAUAAGCAUCAACCAUCACUGCAAGCGCCACCCAGCAGGUUCAGGACCACACAGAAGUACACACUUAGUAGGUAGGUAGGUAGGUACCUAUUUUUCUCCUGAACACAGCCCUGAAAGAGGACCAACAGGGGUGGUUCCUGCAGUGGUAAAGCGCCCAAAGUGAUGUUCUGCAGUGGAAAAGCACCUAGUGUCUUCUGCUAAGGAUACUUCAACAGUUCAUGUAAUCAUUGCCAAGAAGGUUCCUCUGCACGAUGACAAACAGAGCAGAUAGUGCAUCCAUAGUACAUUAAGAAAACAAGCAAUAACACAUCAUAGCCGUGCUCCUCUUUAUGUGUUCAUAGGAUCCCUGCAAGGCCAUUUAAAUGGGGUUCUCAAUACACAGAACAAUACACUUUUGAUUUCAUUUACAUUUACAGUAUAUUUAUUUUGUCUUCAUUAAAUCGCAUGAGUCAGUCUCAGAGCAAGAAAAAUCUGUUUGUUUUUUUUGGUUCUAAACAUAGGCUUUGUUUUCAUCAUGAGGACGACCUUUUCCAACUUGCAGAUCUGAGGCCAUCUUAAUGAAGGAUGGUAUUAAGUCAAGUGUAAAUACUGCAAAUGUGCAUGUCUCAAAUUUAGGGGAAAGUAUUUGGGUAUUUAUUGCGACCCUUUGGCAAUAAACAAUAAUCUGAUUAAAUGAUUUCUCUUUUCUAUAUUGUAAAACCAAUGACUUUGGACUAGCUUUUAUUUGGUUUGGUUUGUAACACCAAAAAUGCUGCUGUGUACAUCUAAGAAAUAUUUUAACCACUAGACCAAUCUAUUUGCUUACACUGAAAUCAUUCAUUUACCCAUGCAUUCAUAGAAGGUGUAAUGGCCAUUCUUGUUUUGGAUUGUUUUAUUUUGUCUGUUAUUAUCUUUGGGUCUGUUGCUAUUUUUACAUUUUGAGAUUGCAGAUUUUCUCAGUAUUCUUAAAAGAGAACUCUGGUAUUUUUAACCUGGGCCCUAUUUUCCCAUGUUUUUGUGUUCAACGUUUUACUAGGGACAAAAAACGAUCGAAAUCUGUCCAGUGUUGAGUAAGACCCCAUAAGCGGCAACCGCAACACGGCUAUACAAUGUUAUUGUAUGGGUCAAGCAUCCGCGUGAAAAUAAAUUGCUUGUUUUUGACGCUGACCGGCUCAUAAUGUUAUUAUAAAAAAAUACCAGAGUGCACCUUUUAAGACACUUUAAACUCUCUGUUUAGCCAGUUGGUUGAACUAACUCAAAUUUUCAACUGAAAGAGUUGAAUCUUUUUGUUUUGUUUUGUUGUUCUAUCAUAUUUGUAAUUGUAAUGUUCUGGUAGUUUCUCACUGUGCAUUAGCACAGUCGUCUCCAGUGAGGUAAACCAUCUGACUGGCAGCCUCUGGGGAAGCCUAUAGGAAGCCUGUGUGCAGUGCUGCUUGGCUAUGAGCUGACAUAUAGGCUAUGAGCUGACAUAGGCCUUCUAUGUUCCUGAAAAGCUACUGCAUGCUGAGAUGUUCUGUACUGCAUCAAAAGUUCUAUUUCAGUGGGUUAGUUUAAUGCUUGUUCCUUUCAUCAGUCACCCAGCUCCAUUGAAAAGAAAAGAAGACUACUGUCCCUGGUCUAGGGUACCGAACUAGGCUCCCUGCCUCUCUGUCUCUCUCCUGUUGAUAUUGUGUACCGUCAUCUUUACUGAGAACUUGAACUGAAUGGAUUCCUGUGUCUGGUCAUUAUUUAAAUGAUCUCUGUUUAUGGUAUUUAUGAAAUGUUUCAUUAAAAAUCUCAGUAUGUUGACA